AUGUUGCUGGACGUGUCCGAUGGUGGAGAUCCAGAGUCCAUCCUGGUCUGCUGUCUGUCCAUCAGGCUGUCUGAGCUGCUGGCCGUCAACGUGGGUCUGUUCGACCAGUACUUCAGAGUCGUAGGUGGAUCAGCCGAACACGUCGUCUGCUGCCUCAGCAGGGACAGCUACGGGACCAGCGUCUUCCUGCAGGAGCUGAUGGCGGCGCUCAGUCUGCAGCAGCAGCUUCCUCCUCCAGAACCCUCCGACCAGGACUUCUACUCCCAGUUCACCAGCACCUGCACAGGUAACCGACACUACACCUGCUCAGGUAACAGACACUACACCUGCUCAGAUAACAGACACUACACUUGCUCAGGUAACCGACACUACACCUGCACAGGUAACAGACACUACACCUGCUCAGGUAACCGACACUACACCUGCACAGAUGUUCUCCUCAGCUGGGACUCCUCCCGGCUCCAGGUGGAGGAGAACCAUCCGUCCCCUCACCUCCUGCCGGGUCUCUCCCCUGGACUGAAGCUCCUGGCUGGGCUCGGAGGGCAGCAGCUGCUGAACUACUUCCACAGAUUCAUCGCUCUGUCAGAGUCGGAGGAGCUGAAGCAGGUUCUGUGGCUGUCGGUGGUUCUUUAUAGAUCUCCAGAAGCUGAACUCACCUGCUGUCUGCUGCUGUCUACCGACUACAUCUACUUCCUGCUGGAGGACUCCGCCUCCACGCUGACACAUCACUCAGGUAACAACACCGACAGGUAG